AUGGUGGGAAAAGCCUGUAUUUACUAGAAGGGCAGAGGGAAAACCCGGAAGGUGACAGGUCUGCAACCUGACCUGGGGCUGAUUAUCUCUCCUUUGCAAGGGCUUUGGUCCAUGCAGGCUUACUGCCCCUCCCCAUAUCAGAAGAUCCUUACUGGCUAUUUUCACAGCCAGAGAUGGGCCCAAGAGACUUGGAAUUAUGGUCAGAAGAAGAGCAGUUCCAACUAUGUGGUUGUGAUGUCAGAACUCUUUCCCCUGUCUGGCUGCUUUCAAGAACUCACAUCAGGUUUUCAGUAGUCUAAAAGCAAGAACAGAAGUGAAGCUCAGAGAACAGCAGGUCAGCACGGACCAAGAUCCCUUGGUGAGGCUGAGACCGUGGUCGCUUUGUGGAAGAUGUUGGCUACUGGAAGGCUGAGCAGCCCUUCAUUUUGAGGUGGGAAAGCAGGUUGCAUCAGGACAGCUUCUCCACUCCUGACCUCACCAUGGCUUCAACACCCUGGCUAGACAGCUGAUGUGACUGCAUGCCCCACACGCUGUUGGACUGCGUGCCAUCCAGGUACUGCCUGCCCACAGGGUGUGGGAGCACAGCCAGAGGGCAUCGGAUGCUCCCAAAAGUUGGACCGGCAGAGUGAUGGACUUGGAAAGGCUAAGAUGGAAGUGACCUGAGGCCUUGCCUGGGCAGUUUCCUCACAGCAGGACAACUUAAGAUUCAAAAUCAGGCUUGUCUGGGGAGCAGUAUGCAGGAAGCUGGUUUUCAGGCCACAAAUGCUUUCACAGAGUGCAAAUUCACCUGCACUAGCGGUAAAUGCUUGUAUCUUGGUUCGCUGGUCUGUAACCAACAGAACGACUGUGGGGACAACAGUGAUGAAGAAAACUGUCUCCUGGUGACCGAGCAUCCACCUCCAGGCAUCUUCAACUCGGAGCUGGAGUUCGCACAGGUUCUCAUCAUCGUUGUAGUGGUCACAGUGAUGGUGGUGGUGGUGAUCUGCCUGCUGAACCACUACAAAGUCUCCACGCGUUCUUUCAUCAACCGCCCCAGCCAGAGCCGGAGGCAGGAGGAUGGGCUGCAGCCGGAAGGAUGCUUGUGGCCUCCUGACAGCUCCUUACAGCGACCAGGGGCAUCAGAGAUCAUGUAUGCCCCUCGGUCCAGGGACAGGUUUACCACCCCAUCCUUUAUCCAGCGGGAUCGCUUCAGCCGCUUUCAGCCCACAUACCCCUACGUGCAGCACGAAAUUGACUUGCCUCCCACCAUCUCCCUGUCGGAUGGGGAGGAGCCGCCUCCUUACCAGGGCCCCUGUACCCUGCAGCUUCGAGACCCUGAACAGCAGAUGGAACUCAACCGAGAGUCUGUAAGGGCCCCGCCCAACCGAACGGUGUUUGACAGUGACUUAAUAGACAUUUCUGUGUACAACGGGGGACCAUGCCCACCGAGCAGCCACUCGGGUAUCAGUGCAGCCACCUGUAGCAGUAACAGGAGGAUGGAGGGGCCGCCCCCGACCUAUAGCGAGGUGAUGGGCCGCUACCCAGGCGCCUCCUUCUUCCACCACCAGCAUAGCAACGCACACAGGGGCAGCGGACUGCAACUUCAGCAGAACAAUCCGGAAAGCACAAUAGUACCCAUCAAAGGCAAGGACAGGAAGCCGGGGAAUCUGGUCUGAUCUCUGCGGAAUGCACUAUUCAAGAAGAGAGAAACCUUGGCAGGGAGAGAGACAGAGGCUUCCAGCCCUUCCUGCCACAGGGUCGUCCAGCUUUACAUGGUACAACUGAGUAAAACCAAAUUUGUAAAAUGGUCUUUGUUUCUGAUUCCUUUCAGGGGAAUGGUGUGCAAACAAGAUUGACACGAUACAAAUUUCUAUCUGGUUUGACCAGGGAUAGAGUGUUUAUCUGGAGCGUGGAUGGGGACAGGAGACCAGCUUGGCAGAGGGUGGGCAGGCAAAACAGAGAAAGGGAAGCUUUGAAGACACCAAGAAGUAAGGCUCACAGAGAUAUUUAUUUAAUUCCUAAAGGAGACUGAAGAUAACUGAGGUCAGAAUGGCCUGUUUUAUAAUUAACUGAAUAAAGAAUUAUAUAUUAUCAUGGGGAAGAAUCAGCCAGUUUGUUUUUUUUUUCUAAGGUGUGAAACCUGCAUUGUUUUAAAAAUAUGAAACAAAACUUGUUUUGUGUGCCAAGGUAUAAUGUGGAGGAGGAGUUAGAUGAAUGUAAGGAGCUAAUUUGUGUUGUGAAAGUUUUAUAAGUUGCACUAUUUUCAUGUUUAAAAUAUGUAUGAGGGAACUGCUUUGCGGAAGGUUACGUAUGUUGUCUUGUCACCUAUGGAUGGUUAUCAAGCCAAGGAACAUCCCUGGGUGUCUCCAGAAUCAUACAAGAAAGGGUAUUUGGGGAUGUGAUGCAGCCCAGUGUUUACCGAGUUACAUAUAUCAAAAAAAAAAAAGUGGUUAUUGUUGCAAGAAUUAGAAUCAAAUAGCAGUGAACCCUUGAGGCAUCUGGAGCUGUGGGUGGCCGAUAGUAAACACAUCCAUUAUGUAUCUAGCGUCAUGCAGUGUCCUUAUCCUCCAGCCUUGUAGUCCCUCCAGAAAUUUAGACUUUUUUCACUGUAGCAUGAAAUAUAUUCAGAUACAUAUCUUAUUUUAUGCAAUAAACUGUUUAAAAUGCAA